AUGGUCCUUCCGCACGGGCAGAACUCCCAAGUUGCGGACUCGCACAGUACGGGCUCAUGGCAGGAUAAUAGUAAAGCCAUCGAUUCCGAUCCCAGCGCUACUUCUAUCGACGGGAAACGCCGAGGCCAGAAUUAUUCUCCAGUCCUCGGAGAUGACUUGAUCUCAAUACCCCGCAAACAACCUCGAAAACCGCGCAACGAUGCUGCUACCGGUGCCUCCGCGGCCGGUGUUCGCGCCCUCAGCGCCCAGUUCGUCGCCUUUUACUUCCGAGCUCCGAUCAAAGCUUUCUUUCGGGCGAGGGUAGACUAUAUGGCGCUUGCCCGGGCUGUGAAUCCGCGGGUUGCGGAUGGGAAAUGGUCGAUUCAUACCACGACACCGGGGUUGUUGAUUCAUGCGGUUAAAACGUAUGGGUGGCAGUUUAUUCCUAAUCAGGUCUUGCCUCCUCUGAUGGCGAAUGCAGGUGUCGGCGCCGUCCUCUACACAUCCUACCUCCAAGUCCUAGGAUCCCUCCACGAGCCCGUCCGACAAGGCGCCAAGCGCGUCUGGCCCCCAGCCCCUCCCUCCUCGACCUUCGCCGCGGGAUUCACAGCCGGCACGAUCCAGUCAAUCGUCGCCGCCCCGCUCGACGCCCUGCAAGUCCGAAUGCAAACCAGCGACCUCCUGGAAGGCCAAUACCGAAGCAUGUGGCACUACGGCCACCACAAGCUCAAGCAAAUCGGGCUCCGGGGCAUAUUCGCCGGAUGGGGCCUCUCCUUCUUACGAGACUCAUUCGGCUACGCCGUCUUCUUCUCCACAUUUGAAUACGUCAAGUCGCAGUCCUACUACUCUUUCGUGACAUGGUACUACGGAGCCCUGCACCCGGAACACAUCGAACGUAUCCCCUUCUCCACCUCCACAUCCAGUGACCGGGGCGUCCCUGUGAUCAAACCACACUACGCGCUCGAACCAGGAUUUCUCCUCUUAGCCGGCGUGACCGCCUCGGUCGCACAGCAGGUCAUUCAGCACCCGAUCGGCGUAAUUCAGGACCUGCAUCUAGGCCGGUUGGAGUACUUGGAUCAUCAGGCUAGUCUGGACCCGUCGCGGCGGCAGAUGAUGCGGCUCUAUUACCACGCGUAUCAGGAGACGUAUAAACGGUGUGCGCGCAAGGCUGCGCGGGCGGGUGGGUGGCGGCCCUGGCUCUUCCGGGGGUUCUUUUCUACGGCGAUUCGGCAGGUUCCUAGUACCAGUGCAGGGUUGAUUAUAUUUGAAUUGGUGAGGAGAAGGUAUGCGAGUUUGGAUGAUGCGGUGCAUAUUCGGAACGAGCAAGAAUCCGCCAGUGAGAAAGGCAGCCAUCGUUCAUCAUCCGAUCUCUCCGUCUGGUCAGAUACCGGCGAUCUCGCCGAGCAAUUUGCUCACGAGGAUUCACGAUCUCAUCUCCGCAAGUCCGUGGAUCGUGAGCUUCUGCCGGGGGUCAUCGUGCUUGACGAUCAACGACAUCCCCACUCCAACUCCAACUUCAACCUCGAGAAGAUCCCCAUUCCGAAUCCCCCUCCACGACAGAUCUCCCGUAUUGAACGGGUCCUUGCCGCCAUCAUGUCUCCCCGUAACGGGCGAGCUGCCCAUAUCCAUGGCCUGGUCGGCAAGCCGUUACUUCUAUUCGGCUAUGACCAGGGUGUUAUGAGUGGAAUCAUCACGUCCGUAUUAUCCCUUCCCUACGCGCAGACCCUCUUCCAACGCGACCCUCGGGCGUAUAUCCAAAUACUAACUGUAAUGCAAUGCAGAGGAAAGCACUUCCGAGAUUACUUUGACCAGCCUUCCCCAGCCACCAUCGGCACCGCGGUCGCCAUCCUCGAGAUCGGAGCAUUUAUAUCUUCCCUGUUAGUGGGGCGCGUUGGGGAUUUGAUCGGCCGGAGGAGGACCAUCCUGUACGGCUCGAUGGUGUUCUUUGUCGGUGGUGCCAUUCAGACUGCUGCGACGGGCAUGGCCAUGAUGAUGGUGGGGAGAAUUAUCGCUGGUUUAGGCGUUGGUGCGUUGUCUACCAUCGUACCGGUCUACCAGUCCGAAAUAUCGCCCCCGCAUAAUCGUGGCCAAUUGGCCUGCAUUGAAUUCACGGGAAACAUUGCUGGAUAUGCGACUAGUGUUUGGGUGGACUACGGUUGUAGUUAUAUCGACAAUAAUUACUCAUGGCGGAUCCCACUCCUUGUUCAGUGCGUUAUGGGCGCACUGCUGGGUUUUGGAAGUCUGGUCAUUUGUGAAUCCCCGAGAUGGCUUCUAGAUUUCGAUCACGACGAGGAGGGCAUGGUAGUCAUUGCAAACCUCUACGGCGAGGGCGAUAUCCACAACGACAAAGCACGUCAAGAAUACCGAGAAAUCAAAAUGAACGUCCUCAUCCAGCGGCAAGAAGGCGAACGAUCCUACGCCGACAUGUUCCGCCGCUACUGGAAACGAGUCUUGAUCGCCAUGUCAGCACAAGCAAUGGCCCAAUUGAACGGAAUCAACGUGAUCUCAUACUACGCCCCGCUUGUGUUCGAGUCCGCCGGUUGGACCGGUCGUUCAGCAAUCCUCAUGACGGGAAUCAACGGCAUUACCUACCUCCUUUCCACUAUCCCGCCAUGGUAUCUAGUUGAUAACUGGGGUCGUCGACCUAUCCUUCUAUGCGGCGCAGUGGCAAUGGUCAUUUCGCUCUCCUGCAUCUCAUACUUCAUCUACAUCGAUAUUGAAGCCACGGCCGUACUGACGGUCAUAUUUGUCAUGAUCUACAACGCGGCCUUUGGCGCAUCCUGGGGCCCGAUUCCCUGGCUUUAUCCCCCGGAGAUUCUGCCUCUCAGCAUUCGUGCCAAGGGUGCUAGUCUAAGCACGGCCAGUAAUUGGGCGUUCAAUUGGCUUGUUGGCGAAGUCACGCCCGUUCUCCAGGGCGCUAUCAAGUGGCGGCUUUAUUUAGUUCAUGCCUUUUUCUGCGCUUGUAGUUUCGUUCUCGUGUACUUCUUAUACCCAGAAACAAGCGGCGUCCGUCUAGAAGACAUGGACGUCCUAUUCGGCGACGCAACGACUGCAAUGCCCACGCCCGCAACAGAAGGCGAGCGAGGCUCACUCCUAGCAGGCGCCGGAUCACCCGUCCCAUCCCUCGACAUUCGACGACCAUACGGCCAAUUCGGUGCCGAAAGCGCGAUUCCAGGCCUCGAUAUCGAUCCUCCGUCCUUCGAUGGUCCCAGCAAUAACAAAUCCGGUGCGCCCGGCUCUAGUCGGGGUGAAGGAUUCGGCGGCUGGAUCUCGAAAAUGGUUCGCCGGAAUCGCACGGGGAGUAGUGCUAGUCAGAGUCAGUAUAGGCAACUUGGGCAAGGGGAUGGAGAUGAGAGAUAG